AUGGCCGACGUCCGCGCCCUGCUCAAAGCCAAACGCGAAGAAGCGCGUAUUUCCCACCCCCUUGCAUCCUACAAUACCAACGGGCAGCUCAGGUGCAUCGCAUGUGGACCCGUCAAGCACGCAUCGGCUUGGGAAGGGCACCUCGGGAGCAAGGCGCACCGCACGAACGUCGCCCGUCUGCGGGAGGAGGAGCGGCGCCGGGAGGCCGAGCGCGUGAGGCAGGAAGAGCAGGAGGAAGACGAGCGGCGGCGGCGGCUCGCCAGCGGCAAGCGGAGACAGGAGGAGGAUGACACCGAGGACGCGGACAUGGAGGAUGUUCAGCAGCCCGAGUCGAAGCGCCAGCGGGUCGACGCGGGUCCCGGUGGCGAUUCGUUCCCGGCCGACUUUUUCUCGGACCCAUCGCGCGCGGCGCCGGCGCCUCCGUCGGACGACGAAGAUGAACAACAGCCACUCCCUGCCGCUCUCCCAACAGCUUCGGCUGCGCCUGCACUCGACGCUGAAUGGGAACGAUUUCAACGCGAAGUCGUGAAUGUACCGGACCACAUGGAGACGUACGACAAUGCGACGGUCAUGGCGGAGGCGCAACUGGUGGACACACUCGAAGGUCUCCCGUCACAAAACGCAGAGGAAGAAACGAUGGACGAUGCUGCAGAGCAGGAGGAGAAACGGCGUCAGCGAGAAGUGGAUGAGCGAGAACUGAUCAUGGAUCGCUUAUUGGAGGAGGAGAGGGCGCAGGAAGAGGCCGACAUGAAAGUGGUGGUGAUGAAGAAUAAACUGGAAGCGCUGAAACGCAAGAGAGAAGCUGCGAAAGCGGCAAAAACAUCUAAACUUCCUACAUAG